AUGGCAUCAGAAGAUCAACUCAGCGGCAAUGCUGCUUACCGCCAGUACCUUCCGGACCUCACCACGCCCCGGUUCACUACCAUGCGGACGCAGGAUGCUCAUGAGUACGCAAAGGCAUUCAAAGAGGGCGGUGUGCCACCAUGGCUCCACGGCCUGUAUCUGCACUGGCAGAAGCUAUUCCAGGAGCCCUUCAAGGGCAUCACCAACGAUGGUCGCGUCCGCCCGGACCUCUUCCGCCUCCAAGACGAAGGCAUGCCCAUCGACGCCAUCGUCUCAGCCGCCAACACCCUCCUCUCCCAGCUCACCCCGUCCCAACACGCCCUCCUCACCCACCACAUCGACUCCCCCGAAUGGCGCACCUGGUCCAACCCCGAAUUCCUCCUCUCCCCCAAAGGCCUCCGCCUCGACGAGCUCCCCGCCCCUACCCGCACCGCCGCCCUCUCCCUCCUCCAAACCACCCUCUCCCGGAAGCUACGCCUAAGCCACCGCCGCCAUGCACAUCAACGCUUCCUGGGGAACCCUCGUCAACGCAGCCCCGGCAUCCUCAAAGAAGCAUCCUACAACCUGGUCCUUUUCGGGCACCCGUUCCCCCAACCAUCCCCUGGAGGCUUCUCCUUCUACGGCCACCACCUCUGCCUCAACAUCUUUUUGCACCGCACCCAAGUCGUCAUCGCGCCCUGGUUCACCGGCGCCGAGCCCAACCUCAUCGACGACCCGGCCGCGCCCCACGCCGGCACGCGCAUCCUGCAGACCGAGGAGCGGCUGGGGCUGCGGCUGAUGCAGGCGCUGGUGGGGCGCGGGGGGGAGGCGAUGCGCCGGAGGGUGCAGGUGUAUGAGGCGAUGCGGGAUGAGGAGGUGAUGCCGAGGGGCAGGUGGAACCAUGAUGAUCAGCGGCAUUUGUGCGGGGCGUAUCGCGAUAAUCGCGUGGUGCCGUAUGAGGGGGUGGUGGUGGGGGAGAUGGAGGAGGGGGAGAAGGAGUUGGUGAGGGGGAUUUUGAGGGAGUUUUUGCUGUAUUUGCCUGAGAGGGCGAGGGGGGUUAGGAUGGGGGAGGUGGAGAGGUGGUUUGGGGAGACGUAUUUUUGUUGGAUUGGCGGGUUUGGGGAGGAGGAUGCAUUUUAUUAUCGCAUUCAGAGUCCCGUGGUUAUUGUCGAGUUUGAUCACCACUCGGGUGUGUUCUUGACGAACGAGGAGCCGGCCAAGUUCCAUAUCCAUACGCUGCUGCGGAUGCCGAAUGGGGGGGAUUAUGGCAUGGCGUUGAGGCCGUUGAUUCCGGGUAUAGAGCAGGAAUAUUUGUGGGAGGGGAAGAAGGAGUGA